CACGCGGCAGGCAUCUAGUAAAUGAGGCGUUGCUCUUGCCUCCAUCAAACAGAUAAGCGCCGUCUGGUCAUUUCUACCCGCUUAAAGUCUCCUUUUCCUCCACUGUCCCUAAAGCCCAAUGCUUUGAGAAAGUCCACUCCGUUGCUUUGAACUGUAGGCUGAAUGCCGGUUUAAGCUAUCUUCUCGUGUACUAAAUUUGACUGUCCGUGUACUAGGGAUGAGUACAUGCGCAAAACUUCACCCCCCAAUCGCAGGGCCACACCAUGCUGCACAUUGCCCGCGGGCUGGAUAAUUGUGAUCUUGUGCACAUUGAAGCGGAGGCCCAACUUCGACAUUUCGCUGGCACAGAUGUCAAGAAGAGCUUGCAAAUCGGGUGGAUCCUCCACCAUCAGUAUGAGGUCGUCUGCGUAAGCCAAGCCUGGGAUGCGUCUGUUUUCAAUUCCCGCUGUGCUGCACUUCAGGCCGAAGCCCCCAGCUGAUUGCAAGAGUGCUUUCUCUACACCUGACACGUACAACAGAUAUAGGAUUGGCGACAAGGGCAUCCGUGACGCAGACCUCUGCAUAACUUUGACGUAUUUCGUUUGCACGAGGCUGAACUUUGCCGCGACCGUGUUCCCCAGGUACAAUUGCUGAACGGUUGGUUGACUGCAGAGCCACUGGCAAGCCCAAGGCAGACAGCCAAAAAAUAUAAGCGGCGCCAUCUUUCGUAUUCCUACGUAAGUUUCAGCUGUGUCCCAUCUGUAGUGUGCUACCAACGCAUCAGGAAAAAAAAAAAAAAAGGCCUCACAAAUGCGAUAAGCCUAGCUGAAAGUAUCACUGCCAAAAUGGCAUGCCACGCCCCUUCCAAGGUCAUCGGUCAAGUUGAAGUUGGCACGCAGUGCAGCUUGCCUCUGGCUGACAAGUCAGUUGGGUGCUCCUUCAGGGCAGGCUGUGAGUCGAGGAGUGUGCAGACAACAGAAACUGUGGAUCAGUCAAGCUACACCUCAGCAGAAAGGCAUCAUGACUUCUCAUUAACAGUCAAGCACGAGGACUUGCAGCAGAGCCUCCUCAACCAUUGCGACUGUUCUGACUAUGUGACUUCCAGCCUGCCCGCUCUUGUUAUCCACAACCACACGGCUUCGAGGCCUUCUAUUUCUCCGUCAACAGCCAACGGUGAUGAUUCACAGCAGGGUUGCCUGCACCAAGAUCAUCUCAGCAACCAUAAGGCUGAUGAACUGUUUCAUCUGGAAGAACAUGCCAGGGUCCACACUAGCGAGCGUCCGUUUAAGUGCAAUUUGUGCCCUCACAGCUUCUCAAAAAAAGACACCCUGCAGAGACACUUGUACGUCCAUACGGGUGAGCGACCAUUUCAGUGUCCUUCAUGCCUUCAGAGAUUCUCACAAAAGUUCAAGGUCAAGGAACACCUGCGCACCCACACAAGCGAGAAGCCAUUUCAGUGCCCUUCAUGCCUUCAGAGCUUCUCACGAAAGACCUACCUGAAAGCCCACCUGCGCAUCCACACAGGUGAGAAGCCAUUUCAAUGCCCUUCGUGUCUUCAGAACUUCUCGCGUAAGUCCAGCUUGAAGGAACACCUGCGAACCCACACAGACGAGAAGCCAUUUCAAUGCCCUUCAUGCCCUCGGAGCUUCUUGCGCAAGUUCAACAUGAAGAAACACCUGCACAUCCACACAGGCGAGAAGCCAUUUCAAUGCCCUUCAUGCCUUCAGAGCUUCUCACGAAAGGCCCACCUGAAAUCCCACCUGCGCACCCACACACGUGAGAAGCUAUGGCAGUGCCCUUCAUGCCCUCAACGCUACUCACAUAGAUCCAGCAUGAAAUACCACAUGCGCACCCAUACAGGCGAGAAGCCAUUUCAGUGCUCUUUAUGCCUUCAGAGAUUCCCACGGGAGAUCGACCUGAAAACCCAUCUGAGCACCCACACAAGCGAGGAGCUAUAACAGUGCCCUUCAUGCCCUCAAAGCUUCUUGCAUAAGUCCAACAUAAAUGAAUACCUGCAAACCCACGCAGGUGAGAAGCCAUUUAAAUGCCCUCCAUGCCCUCGGAACUUCUCUCACACAUCAAACAUGAAGAAAUGCCUGUGCACCCAUGCAUGUGAGAAGCCAUUUCACUGCCCUUCAUAAACUUGGAAAUGCUUGCUGAAGAGUGCCAGGAAGCAACACCUGAACAUUCAUACAGGUGACCAAGCAUACUGUUGCACCGUCUGCACCAGGUUCUUUGUGUAGGCAGAUUACUUGAGCAGACAUUAAAAAAAAAAAAUACUGCACCACGAUACUGCAGAGUAGGUCAACAACUAUGUUGAACUAGAGUUUCAGUUAGAAAUCUAUAGACAUGGAGCAUGAUCCAGGGUGUUCUGCUGCGUCAGGUAGCACAAGCCUUCCCAUAUGUUCUUAAAGGAACCCUGGAACGCUUUUUCUGGUUCACCAUAUUUGCUCUAGAUCUAUUCUCAGUGUACCAUAAAUCAAAGAGCAAAAGAAAGGAUUUAAAUCGACUCGCACAAAUCCAUGUUAUCACUCAUAAAGAAUUCAAAAUACAAGCGAAAUUAGAGUUAACCUUAACCUCCAUCGGAAUUUUAGCUGCUCUGAAUUCCACAUUUCACUUUGCCAUGACUUCACGUAGCGACAUCAGUAGCAGCAGGGUGUUAGCAAAAGCCCACACACCACGGUUGCUGGGCCUUCUCAGCCUGUUCAUGUCGUACCCACAGCCUCCAAAAUCUGGCGGCUCACUGUCUAAUCUGGGUGCAUAAUUUUCAUGAUUGCAACAUCUUGCCCAUGGCUGUGUGUUACCUCAAACGGUACUUGUACUUGUUUAAGUGGCACUUCUUUGCAGCAAUUGAUUGUUUAAAGAGUUUACUUGCCCCCUCUCUGUUUCAUCAAAACGCCAAAUAAAUGUCUGUGUUUCAUGAGUA